ACCUAAUUUUCCCAUCUCCCUCUACAUUCUCCUGUUUAAAGCUUUCCUUUUUUCUCAUCACUCUAUAUUGGAAUAAUGCAGGGUGCUUCUUCCACCUCCACUCUCCUUCUUGUUCUUCCCUCCCUCCUAUUCUUAUUUUAUUUUCCUAACAUGGCCAAUGGGGACUGCUGGCUCAUUGAGGGGGACAAAGGCUAUGUGUGGCUAGCUAUAUGUAGCCAGAAUCAGCCUCCAUAUGAGACUAUUCCCCAGCACAUCAACAACACAGUGCAUGAUUUGAGACUGAAUGAGAACAAGCUGAAAGCUGUGCUUUUCAGUUCCAUGUACCGCUUUACCAACUUGACUGACCUCAACCUCACCAAGAAUGAAAUCAGCUACGUUGAGGAUGGAGCCUUUGCAGGCCAAGCCAAUCUACAGGUUCUUCAAUUGGGUUACAACAAGUUGACAAACUUAACUGAGGGUAUGUUGAGAGGCCUCGGACGCAUGCAGUGCCUGUUCCUGCAGCACAACCUUAUUGAGGCUGUUGCCAGCAAUGCAUUCUGGGAGUGCCCAAGCCUCAGCAGCAUUGACCUGUCAUCCAACAAACUUGCGCGUAUUGACCCAUCCACAUUCACAGUUCUCACUCGGCUUAUGGUGUGUGAACUGGCAGCAAAUCCAUUCCAUUGUGGCUGUGAUCUUUAUAGCUUUCUAACCUGGUUGGAGUUCUUCAACAAUGUCACACACACCUAUGACCGCCUCCUAUGUGAGACACCACGGGAAAUGUUUGGCUACCCUUUACUGAGUCCUAUUGCUGCUGGCCGGAAUGCUAAGAACAUUUUGUACCAUCACUGCCGAGAUGGUGUAAUGAUUCCAGGAAUGACCUCUCUCCCACCAGAUUUGGAUGGUCCUUCUGGGUUUGGACUAGAUAUUCUUGGUGGUAUAGGACCAUACCACCAGUCCACUACAUCUUCCUCAUCUACUGAAGAUGGUUUCAGUCCCAGCAUAAAGCUCCAUCAUGUCUCUUUGUCGUCAGCCUCUCUCCUUGUCAAGAUUCCAAAGCCCUUCAGCAAAAUGUACAUUCUGACACAAUACAACAACACAUUUGUGUCUGAUGUCAUGAAUUUGAAGAAUAAGAAGGAGAUGAUCACCCUAAACAAACUAAAGCCACGCAAUAAUUACACCUUCUGUGUGGUAUCCAUCCGCAACUCUCAGCGUUACAACCACACCUGCCUCCAGUUUUCCACUCGGGGUCAAAGUCAAGAUGAUAUGCUCCCCACACCUUCCACCACUACUCACUACAUAAUGACCAUCGUGGGCUGCCUUUUUGGCAUGUUAAUUAUUUUAGGCCUUGUCUACUAUUGUCUCCGUAAAAAACGGAUGCAUGAUGAGAAGAGAAAGUCUAUCUGUGUCAAGAAAACUAUACUGGAAAUGCGCUAUGGACCAGAAGUGGCAGCAGCAGUAGCAAAUGAUCCAUCAGCAGUCCACAAGCUUCAGGAACAAUCCAGAGAACAUCACCAGUAUCAGCACCACCAUGGAGCAAAACUUCCCAUGUCCACAUCCUCAAGCUCGGGAAUGCUCCACUCAGCCAACACCACUUCCUCAAGACUUUCUUCUAUCCCACAAGUGGAAAAGAUGGCCACUGCCUUUUCAGAGGCCAUGGCUACAAGCAAGGGAAACUAUAUGGAUGUCAGAACUGGAGGGGCAGGGAUGGAGCGUAUGGUAGAUGGUGUGCAUGGCUUGAUGAGAGGAGAAGACUUGAGGGACGAUGAUGGAACUGAUAUUGGUGAUGACUCAGAUGAUGAUGGACAUGGCUCUGCAUCAGAAAUCUCAACCAUUGCCAUGGAGGUUGAUAAGGUUAAUCAGAUCAUUAACAAUUGCAUUGAUGCCCUGAAACUGGAUGCAGCUGCAGUUGCUGCUUCAGGGGCCUCUACAAACCCUACUUCCUCCAAUCCCACCUCCCCACCACCCACCAGCACGUCCUCCCUAACACGUGGCCUAAUCCCACUCUCUCAAGGAUUGUCAGAGACAUGCCAAGUCAUUGCUCCCAACAAAGUACCCCCUCCACCUCCACUCCCUGCCUUGAAUGCCCCUCUCUCUGAGCGUCCUGGGAUCAGUGGUGGGGGAUUUGUUGUCACUCCCCCUUACAGGCCUCCUCCUCCGGCUAAUGCUGUACGUCCCAUUCAGCGGCAAAUGAGCGCAGAUGCAGCUGUUGUUAUUGUAAAUUCUGUCAAGAAACAGUGCAGCACCACAUCUUGUGGCUCCAUGGGUCGAGACAGGGAGCGUGGAGGAGCCAGGGUGUACAGCCUGGAUGUUCCUGAGCCAAGGAGCCCAGAUGCCUGUAAUAAACAACAACAGCAGUACCCAGACCGGGCCAGUCCAGUGGGCUGUGGGGAGCCCCUGGAGAGACUGCCUUUAGUGGGAAGUGGGAGCUGUGGAGGAGGGAGUGGUGGUGGUUGCGACAGUGGUGGUGUUGGUGCCCAACAUCAGGACAACCAAAAAUCCCACCAUUACCAUCAACAGCAACAAAUACAACAACAACAGCAACAGCAGCAACAGCAGUUGGAGGUGCAGCAGGACUACCACUGCUCGGAGCACCGCCACUCUGUCCCAGCUCUCUACUAUGAAGGCUCCCACCAGGGUUCCCCAGCCCAAAGAGUUUCAUUCUUAAAGCCCCUGACACGAUCCCGCAGGGACGCAGCUUCUUACUCCCAGCUUUCACCUGCCCGCCAUCAUUCCAGUUACUCAGGCUACUCCUCUAGCCCAGAGUACUGCUCAGAGAGUUCACUGCGGAUCUGGGAGCGUUUUCGUCCUUACAGGAAAGGCCCACGUGAUGAGUCCUGUUAUGUGACGGCUGGAAAUGCCCUUCGAAAAAAGGUGCAGUUUGCUAAAGGCGAGGACUUGCAUGACAUUCUUGAUUAUUGGAAGGGUGUGUCAGCGCAGCAGAAGCUGUGACUGGGGACCAGAGUUAAGCAUCGGAGAAUAAAGAGUUCAGAUACUGCUUUUACUGAUGCACCCCUGGGCCAGAAAAUUCAGUUUCGGUUCAUAGGGAGAAAAAUGUAGGACAAAAUUUUGCCUUUAGGUUUUUUUUAUUUUUGUUGAUUUUUUUUUUUUGUUUUUUUCUUUUGGCAUGCUAGGUGUAUAAAUAUUGCGCUAAGAGCAAGGACUAUGAAACUGUGCCUGGGAUCUGAGUCGUUACAGUCUUUUUUUUACACAUCAUUGUAGCAACUUUUAUGGACCAUUCUUAUUCUGUGUUUGUGGGUUCCAUUUAUAGUACAGGGAGCAAAUGCCAACUGUGUAAUUUAGUACUCUAUUUGAGUGAUCACAUUUUGUGAUGCAAAGGACCAUCUUUAUA